UCCCAAAAGUUUCACAGUUUAUUGCCAAUAUCUGAACAGUUCAAGCCCGAGAGGUUCCUCCAUUGUCAUUGGGGGAGGGACAGACCAUGGUGGAGCUCAACCUUACUAGUCUACUCCAGCCUUUCGAUUGGAAAACAGUGAAGGGGAUAUGGAGGAGGCUCAAGGGCUGACCACCAAGAUGAAAGUGCCUAGAACUCGAAGUCCUCUUGAUAAACAUAAACUAGCAUAUACCUGAUUCUGCGACAGUUUUUCGUCAUGGAUUACCAACAAGCCCACAUCUUGGCAUUCCCUUUCCCAGCGCAGGGCCAUAUCAAUCCUAUGAUGUUGCUGUGCCGGAAGUUUGCCUCGAUGGGAAUCGUCAUCACCUUCCUCAACAUUCGCAGCCGCCACAACAAUCUGGAAGAGGGCGAUGAUCAGUUCAGGUUUGUGAGCAUCUCGGAUGAGUGCCUACCAACGGGAAGGUUGGGAAACAACGUGAUGAGGUAUCUUAUGGCUUUGGAAGAAGGAAUGAGGGGUGAAUUUGAGCAGAUAGUGGCGGAUCUCACGGCCGACUCUAGUCGCCCUCCAUUGACUUGCAUCCUCUCCGAUGCUUUCAUGAGCUGGACUCACGAUGUAGCCAGCAAGUUUGGAAUCUGCCGUGCAGCGCUCUGGACGAGCUCUGCAACUUGGGCUCUCUUGUCUCUACGCAUCCCAUUGCUCAGGGAUAACGGAGUCCUGCCAGUGAAUGGGAUUCGAAGUAGCAAGAUCCUAGACUUUGUACCCGGACUUCCACCAAUCCCAGCACGGUUUCUUCCGGAGACGCUGCAGCCCGAUGAGAAAGACCCGGACUUCCGGUUGAGGAUUCGAAGGAAUAGUGUCAUGCAGAAGGACGCGUGGGUGCUGCUCAACUCGGUCUACGAGAUGGAGCCAUUGCAGCUGGAGGAGCUUGCCAGCAGCGACAAUCUGCACUUCAUCGCCGUCGGGCCCUUGCAAUGCCUUACGCAACCGUCGAAGGAACAUGCUUCUCAGUGGCAGCAGGAUCGAAGCUGCCUGGAAUGGCUGGACAAGCAAGCUCCGGGCUCGGUCGUCUACAUCUCGUUUGGAAGCUUGGCCAUCCUAUCAUAUGAUCAGGUGGAGGAGAUACUGACCGGGCUGAACAAGAGCGGCCAUGCAUUCUUGUGGGUCAUCCGGCUUGACCUUUUCGAAGGCGAGGAGAUCCGAGCCAAGUUCCUGGAAAAGAUCAGUCUCAUAGAUCGAGGUAUUGUCAUCCCAUGGGCUCCUCAACUAGAGGUACUACAGCAUCGAUCCGUGGGAGCGUUUCUCACUCACUCUGGAUGGAAUUCCGUCAUGGAGGCACUUGCAGCUGGUGUUCCACUGCUGUGUAAGCCUUGCUUUGCCGAUCAGAUCCUAAACACCGCUCUUGUGGUGGAUCACAUCAAAGCUGGCCUUCGUGCCACCAAGCCAGACGAUGACAAAGAGGUGAGUUCAAGCCGCAUUCACGAGGUGGUGAGUUUUGCCAUGGGAGAUGACGGGGGUGAGCUCAGAGAAAGAGUUAAACGGUUGGGUCAGACUCUGGCAGAAGCGGCCGAGCAUGGAGGAUCCUCGUUGUUAAACUUGCAAGCUUUCUGCCAGGACAUGAAACGUAGACAGGCUGCCAGAGUAGAAUGAUAAAUCCUUAAAAUUAUCAAUCUCAUGUUGAGAUAGAAGUCUUGCCCAAACAAUUUCAUUAACAAAUCCUGGAAAAGUGGCAGAAGUCGCCAUUGGUGGUGACAUUGCAACGUUGGCAAA